GUAUCUAUUAUUGGUUGCUUCCUUGGCGACAAACCAAACAAGUUUGGUUGAAAACAGUAUUUUCUUCAAACAUCUAUGAAAUCUUAAUUUUAAGUUAAACAGCUGAGAAAUUCAAACAUGGCACUGCCAUUUUUACCGGGAAAUUCUUUCAGUGGUUCACUUGGCAAAAACAAGUUCCACAAAUCCCAUCAUUUUGAUGUGAGUAAUGACGUUUCUAUGCUAGUUGGCCACGAGAAGCCAGGUAUUGGUGGAGAACUUCUUAGGGGCCAGAAACUAAAACCCAGAAAUAGUAAUUAUCCACGCGGAGAGGGCAGCAACCUGCCGGCAUGGGUAGCAUUUGAUCGCCAAGUUCUUUGUUUUGAUGCGUAUUUCCAAGAAGCUGUACAUGAAAAAAGGGAAGAACAGUAUAGAGUUAGGAAAUGUAAAAUAUAUUUCUAUCUGGAAGAUGAUUCUAUACAAGUCAUUGAGCCAAGAGCAAAGAACAGUGGAGUACCACAAGGAACAUUAAUUCGUAGACACAGAAUCCCCAAACCUCCACCACAUGAUGACGAAUAUUACACAGUGGAAGACUUUAACCUCAAUAAGGAGAUCAACCUUUAUUCUAAAGUAUUCAAAAUCACAGAAUGUGAUGACUUCACACGCAAUUUCAUGCGCAAACUUGGAGUUCGUAUGCCAGACAAAGUUGAUGCCCCGUCAGAUCCGUACUCCAACUACAGAAAGGCUAUGGAUGAAUCCAUGCAACCGCUUAGACCAUAUGAAAAGCAUGACACUUUAAAACAGUUCUUGGAUCAUGAUCGUCACGUGUUACGCUUCUAUUGUUACUGGGAUGAUACAGAGUCGAUGUUCGGUGACCCAAGAGAAAUGGUGCUACAUUACUUCUUAGCAGAUGAUACUAUUGAAAUUAGAGAGGUCAUUCCACCAAACUCCGGUCGAGAUGCAGCACCUAUGUUCUUGCGUCGCGGUAAACUGCCAAAGAAUGUAGAGGCAUUGAAACAGCCUGGUAAAGUUACAGACAGAACUGUCCUUAAUGUGUUUGGUCCAACUGGUCAUGGUGGCAGAUAUAUCCUUGACAGUCUUAAGACUGGAGCUAGCCCAACAGAAUUCUACUGUGACAGUGACCUCACCCUGGGGGCCGUCAUCAAUGUAUGGGGUAGAAAAAUGCUGCUAGUAGACUGUGAUGAAUUCACCAAGGAGUACUUCAGAACCAAAUAUGGUCUCGAGGACUUUGCAAAGAUCCAAUACAAACAAAAUGCCUUUGGUGGGAUCCCCAAGGAGUGGCCGCCAUACAAUGGCUGGGGUAGUGAGGAGGACUCACUGUGCUCAUGUAUGGGUCUGCUACCCAAACCACCAAAACGAGACUUCAUUAAGUUUAUGGAGAAAGAUAGGCGUGGUCUCGACAGUAAUGUUUUGCGUUUCCUGGCUCGUAUGGACACAACCAAACCUAUCGACAUGGACAGACGAUUCAUUAUCUCUUACUUCCUGUCAGACGACACCAUACUGGUGUUUGAACCACCUGUCAGGAACUCAGGCAUUAUUGGUGGUAAAUUCUUGGAGAGGAGUCGAAUCAAGCAGCCAAACCAACCUCUGUACAGUACUAAGAUGUCUGAAUACUACCUAGCAUCUGAUCUAUACGUCGGUGCCCAUGUUGAUUUCAACAGCCACAGAUUUAUCCUCAUUGAUGCUGAUGAAUAUGCAUUUAGAUACAUGGAGAAUGAUGCUAUGAAUUUUUCAAAAGCAAAUGUGGAAGCCAUUGUUUCAAAGAUCAGAAAUGCUGUUGGCAACAAGCCAGAUGAAGUAAGGUCGUUCUUCAUGCGUAACGAUCCAUCUGGAGCCGGGGCCAUCCAGUAUGAGCAGCUUGGUUCCCUGAUCAGACAGAUUGAACCAUCCGUCACUGACCAUGAGAUUAUGACUCUAGCUAGAAUGUAUUCUGAAAGAUCUGCAGAAGAUGGUAUGGACACAAGGAAACUAUUGGCCAUUGCCCAGGAACAACUAAGGAAGAGGAAUUAUGAAGGAUUCGCUAAACUUAUAGAAUCUUUCCAACAGGCUGACAGGGAAAAGUCUGGCUGUCUAGACAGUGAAGUUAUCAGAAAUGUUUUCCAAGCACAUCAUGUACCACUGCCCGAUGAUUUACUAAGAGCCGUCAUGUCACUGCUAACAACAGAAUCUGGUCAGGUGGCAUACAUGGAUCUAGUACAACAGCUGAACUGGCGUGACAGUCCGAUCGCCCCCAUGCAAUACCAGCCAAUCACAAGUGACGAUGCCUGGGCCGGUAACAAAGCUGGUUGUCAAGUGACCAGUAUUGUUUACAAACCACUUCUAGAUGCUAUUUUUGGAAAACAAACAGAUAAUUGAUGAACUGUGAUAAAAUGUAAAAGACAUAAAUUAUUAUAAUAGAAGGUUUGAAAUGUGAAUAAAAGACAGAAUUUUAAUAUUUCUGAGUACACUUGAUUGAUCAGGUUCUUAGAAUACUCUGAGGUUAAAAAAAAGUAAAUUCUGUUAAGAAACAGAUUUUAUAACUCCUCAAAACAGGGCCUUUUCAUUGUAUACACUCUGUUAAUUUUAUAUUAUGAAAUACUUUAUAAGGCAGUAUUACACAAAUAUGUUUAAAGUAUUCCUGGACCCAUUUUGCCACAGUAAUAAAUCUCAGUAUUGCUUUUGCAGGCGUUGAAAUGUUAUUAGGCCAGGGAAGGACACACAUUUCUAUUUAAUUCUGAUCCAGUAUUGUCUGCCAAGGAAGUAUAUAUGUGUAACUUGUUUAUUAUAUCAGUAUUCUGGAAUUCUCAAACAAUAAUUAGGAGUACCUGUUAUCUUUAUUUGUAAGUCUGUGAUAAUUUUUUAGACAUUUUACUCUGUUAUACCAUAUUGUUGUGAUAUCUUACUUCAGUACACUAUCUAAGAAUCCUGUACAUAAAGUUGACACUUUGGGACAGCUGAAUGCCUUCUUUAUUUGCAGGUUGUAUUAACUCAUAAGUCUAGUAUAUACUGCAAAUGUUGAAAUAAAAUGUGGAAUUCACAGGUGUCAUUUAGAGCUGGCUAAACUAUACAGUGAACAUUUAACAAAAGAAACUUGAUUUUGUCAAUUCUUAAAUAGGUGUUAAGUGAAAAAGCUUAGUAAAUUCAUGAUAUUUUGCCCAAUUUUGCAAGAGCUUGAUAAAUGAUUCCUAUUAAGUUAAAAGAUAAAAACUGUUAUGUUAAAUUCACAUCUGACUUUGUUCACAAAACACAGUAUGUGAAUAUUUAUUGUUUUAUAUUCUUUACAAGCUUGUACAAUGUGUUUUUAUAUGUAAAGAAAUGUGCUAAAUAUGCAUAUUUAAAGAUGAAAAUAAAUAUUGAUAUUUC